AAUCUACUGCAGAACAGGACCAUGCAUCGAUUUGAAAGAAUAAGUGCUCCAGUUUUACACAAAUUACUCUCAAAUGUACGGAACAUCCAUAUCUCAAGAAUUUCUGUAUCCAGAUUCGAUAAGAUUCUUAUUGCAAACAGAGGUGAAAUAGCAUGCCGUAUUGCGAGAACUGCCAAAAAACUAGGAAUUAAAACUGUUGCUGUAUACAGCGAUGCAGAUCGAAACGCCAUGCAUGUUGAACAAGCAGAUGAAGCGUACUGCAUUGGUCCAGCACCUUCUACCCAGAGUUAUUUGCGACAGGAUAAAAUUAUGUCUGUUGCAAAAAAAUCAAAAUGUCAAGCGAUACACCCCGGGUAUGGAUUCCUUUCGGAAAAUGCAGAAUUUGCAGAGCUUUGUGAGAAAGAAAACAUUGUAUUUAUUGGACCACCACCAAGUGCCAUCAGAAAUAUGGGAAUAAAGAAUACUUCGAAAACUAUAAUGAUGAAAGCUGGUGUACCUGUUGUAGCUGGAUAUCACGGAAACGACCAGUCUAACGAAACUCUGCUGAUGGAAGCACAAAGAAUAGGUUUUCCGGUAAUGAUAAAAGCGGUACGCGGCGGAGGAGGAAAGGGAAUGAGAAUCGUGUUCGAGGAACCAAAGUUUAUCGAAGCUUUAGAAGCUGCAAGAACCGAAUCUGAGAAAGCAUUUGGCGACGCAUCAGUUUUACUUGAAUGUUAUGUCAACGAACCGAGGCAUAUUGAAGUGCAAGUAUUCGCUGAUAAGCACGGAAACGUUGUGCACUUAUUUGAAAGAGAUUGUUCCGUUCAAAGGCGACAUCAGAAAAUUAUCGAAGAAGCUCCUGCGCCUGGCAUCACAGCAGACUUAAGAACGAAUCUAGGUACGACAGCAGUUCAAGCUGCCAAAGCAGUAGGAUACGUUGGCGCAGGUACCGUAGAAUUUAUCAUGAAUCGCGAUGGAAAUAGUUUUCAUUUCAUGGAGAUGAACACACGUCUUCAAGUGGAGCAUCCUAUCACCGAAGCGAUCACGGGAUUGGAUUUAGUAGAAUGGCAAUUACGAGUCGCAGCAGGAGAAGAACUUCCAUUAAAACAAGACCAAAUCGCGUUUAACGGACAUGCGUUCGAGGCAAGAAUUUAUGCCGAGAAUCCAAGGAACGGUUUUCUACCAGGAGCUGGACAACUGUCAUACUUGAGAGUUCCGAGAAUCGUGUCAGACACGGUUAGGGUGGAAACCGGAGUUCGUGAAAAAGAUGAAGUAUCGGUUCAUUACGAUCCGAUGAUUGCCAAAUUUGUCGUCUGGGGAAAAGACAGAAGUGAAGCAUUGGCCAUUCUUCGAUCGAAACUAAGCGAAUAUAACAUAGCCGGAUUGGAUACCAAUAUAGAGUUCAUCAAGGAUUUAUGCUCUCAUCCCAAUUUUCGGCAAGGUCAAGUGCACACAGGAUUCAUAAAAGAGCACUACCAAGAAUUGUUUCCUAAGUUACACGUUCCAAGUUCGAUCGCAGUCGAAGCCGCCCUCGCUUCAAUAUUUUACGAAGAUGCGUUUUCGUUACAGUCUUCGUUACCAACUACCGAUCCUUUCAGCCCUUUUGCUACAGAAAUCGGAUCUAGAUUGAAUUAUACUUUAAAACGAACUUUUCGAUUCAAGGUUUGCGACGAUGACAUUGAUGUCGAAGUAAAAUACAUCGAGCCUGAAGUUUAUUCUGUCAGAGUGAAUAAAAUGGGCCCUUGGAGGAGAGUAACGGGCAUGUUAAAAAAGAUAGAGAACUCGUUCGAAUUAUGUACUGAAUGUGACGGAAAAAUCACUAGGUCGUCGAUAAUUAAGAUUCGUAACAAAUUACAUUUGUUUACUAAAGAUCGCGAAUGGCAAUUUGAAGUACCUUCUAUGAAAUUUCUUUCAAACGUUGCAAGUAAAGAUUUCGAUGUGGAUUCAUGCACAGCAUUAAGUCCUAUGCCGGGUUUUGUAGAAAAAGUCUUUGUCGAUAAAGGAGACUUGGUAAAAGUCGGUGAUCCGUUACUCGUUAUUACCGCUAUGAAAAUGGAACAUACGAUCAGAGCAUCCAUUAAUGGAACGGUUGAAAAUGUGUUGUGUUCAAUAGGCGAUAAUGUGGAGAAGAACAAGGUUCUUGUUAAGUUGGCUAAAUCUGCAGCUUGAGAUAUAAAAAUUAAAAACUACAAA